AUAUUUACAUCUAACACAAUUUCCCAACUCAUAUGGAAACAAGGUUUGUAUUUCUAUCAUUGACACAAUACAUGAGCAGCUCUUGACCAAUGAGUUGAUUAUUUCUCAGUUUGCAGUGGAGUCCGCCUGCAGAGCAGCACUCUGGGGACAGUUUGCAGUACUUGGGUAGACAAAUGAUGAGUAGAUAAUGCCGGCUGAGAAGCCCAAAGCUGCGGGGUCAAGCGCCUCCCGACUGUUCGCUCUGCCUUCGCUGACAGGAUUUAAGAACCAUGAUCCCACCAAGUCCAAAGCACCGAGCUACACGUUGAGCGGCCGCUGCCCCAGAACCAAACAACACGUCUCCCCCGGACCGGCGCACUUUGUCCCUUCCAACAUCACCAAAAACGGGCGAGACGGAACUCCGGCAUUUUCAUUCGGCAGACGACGAAAGGAGCCGGCCCGCGCCGUCAUCCCUGCACCCAACUGUUACAGCCUGGAGAACGCGGAGAAGUACACUCAUCGCUCUUCUCCUGCGUACACUUUAGCUACCAGGAGGAAGCAACAUGCAAACAGCAACCAAGCUGGACCCGGUCCAGCUUCCAACAUGCUGCCGCCUGUCAUGGGACCUAAAACCGUCAACAUCGCUGCAGGGCCCGCACACACCAUCCUCGGCCGCAGUAAAGUCGGGAACUUUUUUAACGACUUGUCAAAGUCUCCAGGCCCUGCAGCCUACCAAUCUACGGACCUCAAAACUUACCUGAGAAAAUCACCAGAGUACAGCAUGCCGGGCCGAAAGUUCCCACCUCAAAGUUCCACACGGACGCCAGCACCUGGAGUGUAUUGUCCUGAGAAGGUUACGUCCAAUGCUUCAAAAGCUCCGGCCUUCACCUUUGGAAGAUAUCACUCGGAGAAAACCAUCAUCCCCCUUACGGCUCUGGAUAAAAGUCAACAGUCGAUAACAAUCAGUUAA